UGAUUUUUCUUUUUAACUUGGCAUUUCUUUCAAUAUCUUUAAAAAAUUUAUUGUUUUUUUUACUUAAAAUCGGCAAAAGUAUGCCAAAAUAUGUUUUAAGUUAGCCUACUACAUAUUAUAGGCUCGUCUAAUUCACAAAUGCACUAGCCAUGUUGACAUGUAGGCCUAUUAUAUUAUUAAAUUAAUUAAAAAGUUGAGUUCCUGACUUAUUGCAAAUGGCUGAUGGCUUAUAUCCGCAGAUGAAACGAACACACCAUCGGUGUCUUCACUAUGGCAUCGUGUAGCACUAAAUCAAUCAAAAAUUGUUUCGCAGUAGUGACUCAUAAUCUACAGGAUUAGCAUCAUGUUAAAAGACUCACCUAUUUGUUCUUUGAUGAGAACUAUUUUAUUGGCAUCCAUCUUGUGUUUAGGAUUGUCAGACACCACUGGAACUGCUCGUCCAGGGAAAAUACAAUUAUCAGAUGAAGAGUGGCAGGCCAAAUUGACCAGACAAGAAUACAUUGUAUGUAGAAAACAUGGAACAGAAACGGCCUGGUCAGGAGAACUUUUAGAAAACAAAGCCAAAGGAAUAUAUUCAUGCACUUGUUGUGGCACAGCACUCUUCAACUCAUCCUUCAAAUUUGAUUCAGGUUCAGGCUGGCCAUCAUUUUUUGAUGUAUUAAAAGAUAAAGAUGUCUCUGAGUUACCUGCCGUAGAUUUUAAAACUGAUACAAGUCAUGGCAUGGUACGUACUGAGGUCCUGUGUGGCAAGUGUGAUGCACAUUUAGGUCAUGUUUUUGACGAUGGACCUCAGCCUACAGGUUUACGCUACUGCAUUAACGGUGUUUGCCUUAAAUUUAAACCAGAUGCAAAGGGAGGUGAUAAAAAGAAAACCGAUCUCUAACCAAUCAAACUUCAGUGCUGGAAAACUGACUCCAGAUCUGACCAAUGGUCUUUGUUUCUCUGCAAUAAACUUGCUACAUAUUGUUACUAGAAUAUCAUGUUCAUUGAUGUUUAUGUUCAUCAUUGUGAUGAUUUCCUCUAGUAGCACAACAAGCAAACAUUCAGUUUGUGAUAAUGACUCAGUAAAUGGUUAACAAAAUACACACUUUCUCAACUUCUUUUUGGCAAUCUGUAUCACUGCACUGCCGUUAUACUUAGCAUAAAGGAUUUAUAAAAUAAAUUAUAACUUAUAGAUAGGAAAUUUUAUUUUUCUGGGAAAAGGAAUAGAAUUACAUGGGAAAAAAAUAUGACAACUAGUCUAAAUACUUGAUAUUAUAUAUCAACUAGAAAUCUUACACACACCAAAAAAAACCCAUUAAUCUAAAAAUAUGGUCUCCAACAGAAUUUAGCUUUAUAUAAGGUUACAAAAGUACAGAAUGUCGCAAGCCAUUAUCAAUCCAGUUUGUAUUUUAAAUCUUCUUUUUUUGAAAAUGUAGUUUUGUAUAUUUUUUAUUAUAUAAUUUGAAGAGUAUAGCUAAAACAAUUAUUAUUUAAACUCAAAUAUCACUGCAGUAGCUAUUGUGUAAAUCUUUGUUGACAUUGCAGAUAUACCUCUUUAGUUAUUUAUUGAUAAUACAUUGGAUUUAACUUGCUUGUUAAGUGUACAGAUUUACUAAUAAAAGCUUUUAAAAUUAUAAA